AUGGCGUCCUCCGACGAAGAGGACCUCGACUGUCCCCUGUGUAUGGAGGAGAUAGAUGUCACGGACCGCUACUUCAAGCCUUGUCCUUGUGGCUAUCAGAUAUGCAGAUUCUGUUGGAACCAUAUCAAGGAGAAUCUCAAUGGGCUGUGCCCGGCUUGUCGGCGGCCGUACUCGGAAGAUACAGUUGAGUUCAAGCCCGUACCGCCCGAAGAAAUGGCCCGAAUAAAAGCGAUAAAGAAACGCAAAGAACGCGAGCGAAAGGAACAGGAUCAACUUUCGCGCAGGAAUCUCACCAACGCCAAAGCGGUACAGAAAACGCUGAUAUACGUCGUGGGCCUGUCUCCAAAAGUCACGACCAGCGAGACUGUCCUUAAAGGGCCGGAGUACUUUGGUCAGUUUGGAAAGAUCGUGAAAGUCAUCCUCAACCGACGACCACACGCCCACACGCCGGUGGUAUCGCAUCUCCCGCCAAACACGGGGGUUUACAUCACAUAUGCUCGGAAAGAGGACGCAGCAAGAGCGAUCGAGUCGGUGGACGGGAACGUCUAUGAUGGGAAGCUGGUCCGUGCUACAUAUGGCACGACCAGGUAUUGCUCAAACUUUCUCAAGGGACAGCAAUGCCCGGUCACUACCUGUCAGUUUCUGCACGAGCACGGCGAUGAGCCGGAUGCUUUUGCGGCCGCUGAGAUGGGGAGAAUGCAAGUCCGGGAACGGAAUCCGAGGCGCAUGCCGUUCCCUACCGUUGGUGAGGAAAAGAAGGAGGAAGAGGAAGGCAGCGCUUUGCCUGCCACCGCUAGCUGGUGA